GGCAAAUACUUACUUGCAAAAAAAAACAAGGAACAUGUCAAAACAUAAAAGUCAAUUAAAUGAGUUUUUCAUUCAAAAAUUAUUACAUACAAGAAAGCAAAAAUACGAUGAAUUUCAAUGAAUUUUCUUGAAAAUUAACAAAAAAAACAUUAUAUAUUUAAAAAUGUAUUGUUUGCAAGCUCUACUUCCUGUCUUGCUAAUUCCUAAGCCACAAGCAAACCCAGCUAUGGUCCAAACUCAUAUAUUUUUCGUCAUUCUUUUUUUGGUAAGCUUUUUCCUUGAAAGAAAGCCGUGUACAAUUUGUAGCAUUGUAUUUAUAUCGGCGUGUUUCUUGAUUUGCUAUUCUGGAAUAUUUCCUCAUUCGGUUAUUGGAGCAUGUUUAUUCUGGACUAACUGCAGUGAUAGUUCUUGUGAAAAUGAAUGAUAGUUUUUUUUAUCAGAUCAGACAAAUAUUAUUAAAUUGUCACAUAAUAUCAUAAAAUCUAAAAUUUUUAAACUUUUGAAAGUUUGACGUUUGAAAGUUGGAAUUUUUUUAGUGUCUUAAUAUAUAAAAGUUUAAUAAUUCAAAAUUUUAUAUUUUCUCCUGAAAAAAACACUUUCCUUAAUUAGCAAACAUAAUAUAAGUUGAAAACAGAGCUCUUUAAUUAAUAAACAUACUUUUCUUGAUCAACAAUUAGAUACUAGGUAUAUGCAAAGUAAAAGAAAAUAUAUAGGUACAUAUUUAAGAAACCAUAAGAAUACGAAAAUCAAGUUCAAUGCUCAUUGUCAUAUUAAAUUUAUUAAUAAAAUAAUUUAAAAAAUAUUUAUGCCAAAUAAAGUUUAUUCAUAUAUAUGAAUUAUAAUGUUUCAAGUGAAUUAAAUUGUAUUAUUAAUAUUUUCAUUCACAUAAAAUAUACUUAGUUAUUGGCAUUAUUGAACAUAAACUACUUAGUUAAUAUAAUA